AUGGGCCAUAAACCCCUUUCAAGGUUCAUCUCGUCCCCGAGGAACUACAACACCCUCUAUGCCUACGGCAUCGAUGAGAAGAACUCAAACUACAAGGCCCCGUUCAAUCGCAUCCACAACGAGGCAAGGGUCUUCACGCCCGAGGACAAGGUGAUCGUAACGCCGAACUCCGACACACCUUACUCCUUUUGCUGCCUGGAUUUACGGGCCGAGCCGGUGCUGAUCACGGUCCCGGCAAUGGAGAAAGAUCGCUACUUCUCCUUCCAGAUGGUUGAUAUGUACACGCACAACUUCGACUACCUCGGCACCCGAUGUACUGGCAACUCGGGGGGCGUGUACAUGAUUACAGGCCCAGGGUGGACAGGUGGCAGCUACAGUGGUGGAGGAGUGCCGGCGAAGGUGGACAAGGUCAUGGCCUGUGAAACGCCCUUCGCGCUGGCCAUCGUGCGCACGCAGCUGAAAAACCCUGAGGACAUCGACAAGGUGAAGGCUAUCCAGGCGGGCUACAAGGUCGACACCCUCAGCGCUUACCUGGGCAAGCCCCCUCCGGAGUCCAAGCAGCUGCAGUGGCCCAUGUCGGACAAGGAAGUGACCCAGUCGGUGAAGAUGUAUGAGAUCCUCGACUUUGUGUUGUCUCUCCUUCCGGUACAUGACGCGAGGAUGGCUGGGGCGAGUUCGACGCGAUCGAGAAGAGCAUGGCCCAGGGAAAGCUCUCCAGCGCUGACCUCUUUGGCACCCGUUCGCGGGCGCCAAGCUGGGCAUCUACGGCAACUCCCGUGA